AUGCGUCAAUCCCUCCUUCGUGUCUUUCCUUUGAGCCUUGCUCUCGGCGCCUACGCCCUUGCUGCACCCGCCAUGGUCAAGGAGGCUACUCCUGCUUUGCCGCCCUACAGUGGCGAUUCUAGCUUCAGCGGUUCUUCAUCUGAAAGCAACUCGAACACUGUUGCCGCGGACAACCUGAACCUAGUGAACGCCAAUCUUGGGCUAGGUACCGUUCCCGGCAUUGCUGGUGCUCUCAACGUCGCGGACUUGCUUGGGUUAUCUAGCUGCGGAAGUGCUUCUUCUAACGUUGCAAAUCAGAACGAACUGGCUGUUGCCACUGAUACCAGCGAGAACGUCUACGGCGGGACCAACGCGAAUGCCGGCGGCCAUACCAACACCGACGUCCAUCAAGUCAAUACGAACACUAAUGGCGAGACCCACGCGAACAUCCAUGGCAACACAAACGUAGCAUCCAACGUGAACGUCAACACUCACACUGGCGCAGACUCAGCUGCAGCUACGCAUCAGCAUGUCACUGCAGGUCUCGGUUCAACUUCCUCUGCUUCUCACGAGGCCAGCGCGGGAGCAGGCGCUACUGUCCAUGCCGUGAACGCAGCACCUGUUGUCGUCUCUCACCAGGUUGGCGCGGGAGGAGCCGCUGUCUCUCACACUGGCUUUGCUGCAGGACUCGGAGCCGCCCUUUCUCAAGGCCUAGUGGGCUUCUCUGCACCAGCCGUUGCCUCUGGCGCUGAAGGAACCGUUGUCUCUCAUCAAGCUGGCGCAGGAACUACUGUCUAUCAUCAAGGCGGCGCGAGCACCGGAGCAGCUGCUACUGUCGGGGAACAAGCCAACGCAGGUCUCGGUCUAGGUACCAGCGUCACUAAUCAAGCAAUCACAGGACUAGCAGCGAGUUCUCAUCAUGUCAUCGGCGCGGGAGGAUCUGCUGUCUCGCAUCAGGUUGGCACAGGCGCGGAAGUAGCUGCCGCUCUGUUGGGCGCAACUGGCGGUGUGGCCGGUGUUGGAGGAGCUGCUAUUUCUCAUCAAGGCGGCGUGGGCACGGGAGCAGUUGCCGCCGUCCAGAAUCACGCCAAUGGGGGUGUUGGUUUAGGUGCUGGUUUAGCAGCUGUCUCUCAGGUUGGCACGGGAGGAGCCGCUGCAUCCCAGGCCGGCGCAGGUGCGGGGGUAGCUAACCAAGUCAAAGCGGGUUUUGGUGGCAUAGUCUAACGCCGCCCAAGGUUUCGCAACCAACUCUGAGGGAGGGCACUCGAUACGUAAUACAUAAUCUCCCGUAGUAUAUUCAAUCUUGUUUCAUGCAUCUCGAGGGAGUGAUGAAACGCAUGUGUAUAUUGAUCACAAACCGCUCAAACCCGUAAUAUAUACAUCCCAUUCGUC